AUGAAUUGUUUCUUUGGAAUAGAGCUUAUAUCUUUCUUCUGCCUCACAGUCAGAAAAAUGCGGCUGAAGUUUCUUUUGGCUAUUCUUCUGCAUGUAACAGCUGCAAAGGAACCUGAGCUGCAGUAUGUCCUAAUGGUGCCAGCUAUCCUCCAAACUGACUCUCCAGGUCAGGUUUGCCUGCAGUUCCUUAACCUCAAUGAGACAAUAUCUGUCAGAGUCGUCCUAGAAUAUGGUGCUGUUAGCACUACUAUUUUUGAGAAAACCAUGACAGCAAGCAAUGGUCUACAAUGCUUCAACUUCACGAUUCCUCCUGCUGGUUCUGCUCCAUUGGCUUUCAUUUCCUUCUCUGCCAAGGGCACCACAGUCAGCCUAGAAGAGCGGCAGUCAGUGAUGAUCUGUAACAUGGAAAGCAUUGUCUUCAUGCAAACAGACAAACCCAUCUACACACCAGGACAGAAUGUGAUGUUUCGUGUUGUUGCCCUGGAUAUCAAUUUUAAACCUGUUCAGGAGAUGUACCCCUUGAUUGCAAUUCAGGACCCACAGGGCAACAGGAUCUUCCAGUGGCAAAAUGUGACAACGAAGAUUAACAUUAUCCAGAUUGAAUUCCCACUAACUGAAGAGCCUAUCCUGGGGAACUACAAAAUUAAUACAAAGAAGUCAGGAGAUAAAACCAAUCACCCAUUCCUUGAGGAGGAAUAUGUGUUGCCAAAAUUUGAAGUCACAGUUACUGCACCAGAAAGCCUUAUGAUCCUGGAUUCAGAGUUCACAGUGAAAGUCUGCAGAGUGUACACCUAUGGCCAGCCUGUUGAAGGGAAAGUCCAGCUCAGUGUGUGCAGGGAUUUUUAUUCAUAUGGGAGGUGCAAGAAAAGUCCAGUUUGUCAAUCAUUUACCAAAGAUUUGGAGAGAGACAGCUGUUUCUCCCAGGUUUUCAGCUCCAACAUAUUUGAGCUAAAUCACAUUUGUUACGUGAGGAAUCUUGAUGUGAAAACCAUUGUCACAGAGAAAGGAACAGGACUGCAACUUACAGCUACUCAGACUAUUUCCAUAACACAGCUGAUGAGCAUUAUACAUUUUGAGAACAUGGAUCGCCACUACAGGAGAGGAAUUCCUUACUUUGGACAAAUCAAGCUAGUAGACAAAGACAACUCUCCCAUUUCAAAUGAGGUUGUUCAGCUAUUUGUCAAUAACAAGAACACAGACAAUUUCACCACUGAUGGUAAUGGAGUUGCCAAGUUUAGCAUUGACACAUCUGCAAUGUUUGAUCCUGAGAUCAGUCUGAAAGCAAUUUAUAAAACCAGUGACCAGUGUCACUCUGAAGGUUGGAUAGAGCCUUCCAACCUCGAUGCAUCCCUCUCCAUCCAACACUUCUACUCCUGGAUGAGCAGUUUUGUGAGGAUUGAGCCUUUGUGGAGAGAUCUGAGCUGUGGGCAGAAAACUAUGAUCACUGCGCACUACAUCUUGAACACAGAAGGAUACAAAACCAGCAACACUGUGAACUUCUACUGUGUGGGUGUGGCAAAAGGCAAGAUUGUCCUUACAGGGGAAAUUAAAGUUAACAUCCAAGCUGGUAAAUUAAGUUGCCAAUACAUACCACCAGUGGUUUAACAGAAAAUCCUUCUGUUCUCCUCUUUGCCCCCCAUUCCCACACACAUCCAGAGCAGCCCCAAGCAGCAUGGAUUAGGUAUAUCAACAUCUGUUUGAUAAUUUCAGGUCCAGCUGCAGUUCUCUGAAAAGCAGAUGCGCUCAGCUUCCAAUGUCAGUUUAGUCAUUGAAGCUGCGGCCAACUCCUUCAGUGCUGUGAGGGCCGUGGGUCAGACCACGCUGCUACUGAAAGCAGAGGUAGAGCUGUCUGCCGAAAUGAUAUACAGCCUGCAUACCCUGCAAGACUUUCAAGGCUACAUCUUCAAUGGGCUCAAUCUAGAAGAUGACCCUCAAGACCCCUGUGUCUCAUCUGACAAUAUCUUUCACAAAGGAUUGCAUUACACACCUGUAAUGUCUGGAUUAGGCCCAGAUGUUUAUCAGUUCCUCAGGGAUAUGGGCAUGAAAUUUUUUACUAAAUCAAAAGUUCAGUAACCAGUUGUGUGGACGAGUGACACCAUAAGACCUCAGAUAUAUUUUAUGAAUGCAGGAUUCAUGGCUUAUACACAGUAUGUCAAAUCAUCAGUCGAAAUUGCUAGAGAGGAACAUGGGAAGAGACUCAUCCUUGAGAAAGUUAGGGAAUUUUUCCCUGAAACAUGGAUUUGGGAUCUAGUCCUAGUUAACUCUACUGGAAAAGCCAGUGUCUUAUACACCAUCCCUGACACCAUCACUGAAUGGAAGGCCGGUGCCUUCUGUGUGCAAGAGUCAGUUGAAUUUGGUCUGUCUGUGCCUGCCACCCUGACAGCCUUCCAGCCUUUCUUUGUGGACUUGACCUUGCCAUACUCUAUCACCUGAGGAGAAUAUUUCCUGCUUAGAGCCAAUGUCUUCAAUUACCUUGACCACUGCAAUAAGAUUAAUGUUUUGCUGUUAGAUUCCAUUGAUUAUCAUCCUGAACUCAUCUCCCCAGAGGAUGAUGGAUGCAUAUGUGCCAAAGAAAGACGCACCUAUGUUCGGAAUAUUUUCCCCAAAGAAACUGGUAACAUAGUAUUCAGCAUUACUGCAGAGACCAAGGAUGAUGGAGCUUGUGGAGACAAAGCACCUAGGAACAUCAGUAUUGACUACAGGGACACCCAAAUCAGAACAUUCUUAAUAGAACCUGAAGGAAUUGAGAAGGAAACAGCUCAGAACUCUGUGCUCUGUGUAAAAGGAGUGCCUGUGAAAGAGAAGUUUUCCUUGUUGCUCCCCUCAAAUGUGGUACAAGACUCAGGAAGAGCGUAUUUCUCAGUGCUGGGUGACGUCAUGGGAACUGCCAUGCAGAACCUGCACCAGCUUCUCCAGAUGCCGUUUGGCUGUGGGGAGCAGAAUAUGGUCCUAUUUGCACCCAACAUCUAUGUCCUGGACUAUCUGAACAAGACAGAGCAGCUGAGUGAGGAGAUAAAAUCCAAGGCCAUUGGGUACCUAGUGAGCGGUUAUCAGAGGCAGCUGACCUACAAGCACCCAGAUGGCUCUUACAGUACCUUUGGACCACGUUAUGGCCAACUGGGGAACACCUGGCUCACAGCAUUUGUCCUCAAGUCCUUUGCCCAGGCCCGGCCUCACAUCUUCAUUGAUGAGAAGCACAUCCAGGAUGCUUUGGUCUGGCUGUCCUACAAGCAGAAGGAAAAUGGCUGUUUCCGCUUUUCUGGGACACUCCUGAACAAUGCCAUGAAGGGUGGAGUGGACAAUGAAGUCUCGCUGACGGCCUACAUUGCUAUUGCAUUGCUGGAGAUUCCUCUACCUGUAACCCACUCAGUGGUGCGGAAUGCUCUGUUCUGCCUGGAAAUGGCAGCAAAUGCGAAAGAAAACCACAUAUACACUAAGGCACUGAUGGCAUAUGCCUUUGCCCUGGCAGGGAAGGAGGAGAAGCGAAAGGCACUGCUUAACUCACUUGAAAAGGAAGCCGUAAAAAAGGAUGGGUCUGUUCAUUGGCAGCGGCCUGGGAAGGAGCCGGAGGUUGAUCUCCCGUACUAUGGCUACCGAGCUCCCUCUGCUGAAGUGGAGAUGACAGCCUACGUGCUCCUUGCUCACCUCACCACGCAGCCAGCACCUUCCCAGGAAGAGCUGUCAUUCACCUCUCUUAUUGCAAAGUGGAUCAGCGGUCAGCAGAAUCCCAAUGGAGGCUUCUCCUCCACCCAGGACACAGUGGUGGCUCUCCAAGCCCUGUCCGUGUACGGAGCUGUCACCUAUGCCAAAAGCGGAGCAGCUUCCAAAGUGACCCUGCGAUCUGCAGGGGACUUCCAGCAAGACUUCCAAGUGGAUCCCGCAAACCGGCUGCUGCUCCAGCGUGUGCCCCUGCCCCAGGUGCCAGGGGAGUACAGCACGGAGGUGUCCGGCGAAGGAUGUGUCUACCUACAGGCAAGCCUGAGGUACAACGUGCAACCUGAGCAGGAGGACGCACCCUUCAUGCUCCAUGUGUACACGAUCCCAGAGACAUGUGUGGACGCCAGGGCUCACAAGACCUUUGACAUAGGCAUAAAUGUCAGUUACACUGGGGAGCGCAAUGACUCCAACAUGGUGAUUGUUGAUGUGAAGAUGCUGUCAGGAUUCAUCCCUGUGAAGUCCUCCUUGAAGAAGGUCUCAAAUACCUGGUUUCACCAGGUCCAACGGACCGAAGUGAGCACAAAUCACGUUUUGCUGUACAUAGAGCAGCUGAGCAGUGAGACCCUCAGCUUCUCCUUCACAGUGGAGCGGGACGUCCCCGUGCAGGGCCUGAAGCCAGCUCAGGUGAAGGUCUAUGACUACUAUGAGACAGAUGAGUUUGCCACACAGGAGUACACCGCUCCCUGCACCACAGCCCUUCACUUCCUACUCUGA